AUGGCUACCGAUGCACCUAGUUUCCCGUUUCGGCGAGCUUCUGGCAUGGAGCCACCGGCCGAGUUCGCACGGUUAAGGGCCGUUGAUCCAGUAUCGAGAGUUAAGCUUUUUGAUGGGAGCUUGGCUUGGCUGGUCACUAAAUACAAGGACGUAAUUACUGUUGCAACCGAUGAAAGGCUCUCCAAGGUCCGGACACGCCCUGGCUUCCCCGAGUUGGGUGCUGGUGGCAAAGAGGCGGCCAAAGCGAAGCCAACAUUCGUUGACAUGGACCCUCCAGACCAUAUGCAUCAGAGGAGCAUGGUUGAGUCGAUAUUUUCUGUUGACCAUAUCAAGGAGAUGCAGCCAUAUAUUCAGAAGACGGUGGAUGAUCUCCUUGGUGUCCUGAAAGCUAAGGGUUGCGCUGAUGGACCUGUCGAUCUGAUUAAAGAGUUUGCAUUGCCAGUCCCAUCAUACAUUAUCUAUACCAUCCUUGGCGUGCCGUUCCAUGAUCUCGAAUAUCUUACCCAGCAGAAUGCCAUACGAACCAACGGAAGCUCUACGGCGCGCGAGGCAUCUGCCGCAAACCAGGGGCUACUCGAUUAUCUUGCCAAAUUAGUGGAUCAGAGAAUCCAAGAGCCUAAGGAUGACCUCAUUAGUAAACUCGUUGUUGAACAAGUAAAACCUGGGAACAUUGAAAGGGCAGAUGCCGUACAAAUAGCUUUUUUGCUACUCGUGGCAGGAAAUGCUACUAUGGUCAACAUGAUUGCAUUGGGAGUUGUGACUUUAUUCCAGCAUCCUGAUCAGCUUGCGCAAUUGAAAGCUGAUCCUUCACUCGCCCCUGCAUUUGUGGAAGAACUAUGCCGAUAUCACACAGCUUCAGCACUGGCAAUUAAACGAACGGCCAAAGUUGAUAUUGAGAUUGGCGGCAAGCUUAUUAAAGCUAAUGAGGGCAUCAUUGCUUCCAAUCAAUCCGCGAACCGGGACGCUGACAUCUUCGCAAAUCCAGACGAAUUUAAUAUGAAUCGCAAAUGGCCUAAUGAAGAUGCUCUUGGAUUUGGAUACGGCGACCAUCGUUGCAUCGCUGAGACUCUUGCAAAGACCGAAUUGGCAACCGUCUUUUCUACACUUUUUAAAGAACUGCCCAAUCUAGAGCUUUCAGUGCCAAUCAGCAAAAUCAACUUUACGCCUUUACAUAAAGAUGUUGGAAUCGAGGAUUUGCCGGUAGUUUUCUAA